UAAAGUUUAAAGCAAGCUAUCAGUUUAUCGUCUAAACUUGUAUCAGUUUAUUGAAUUGCUCAUUUCAGAAAUUAUAUUUACAAGUUAUUUACAGAAUAUAAAAAAUGACGAGUAAAAUUAAAAUUAAAUAUACUCAAUUGUUUAUAAACAACGAAUUUAUUGACUCAGAAAGUGGGAAGAAAUUCCCGGUGAUAAAUCCUGCUACUGAAGAAGAAAUAGUACAAGUUUCCGAAGGACUCAAAGAAGAUAUUGAUAAGGCAGUGAAGGCCGCGAAGGAAGCAUUCGCACGAGGAUCUGAAUGGAGAAACCUACAACCUACGCAAAGAGCCGGACUUUUGAACAAACUCGCCGAUUUGAUGGAACGUGACGCGCAGCAGAUAGGUCACAUCCAGACUCUGGAAAACGGAAAACCUUUCGCGCAUUCCGCUGGUGAAACUCACAUGGCCGCGGGAGUUCUCCGCUACUACGCAGGGUGGUGUGACAAGAUCCACGGACAGACAAUUCCAACGGACGAUGGAAGCUUGGUGAUGACCAGGAAGGAGCCAAUGGGAGUCGCGGGGCAAAUUACUCCCUGGAAUUAUCCAGUUAUGCUUUUUGCAUUAAAACUAGGACCCGCUUUGGCUACAGGCUGCACUUUGGUUCUUAAACCAGCGGAACAGACUCCGCUGUGUAAUUUGUACAUCGCUGCGCUGACUAAAGAAGCUGGGUUUCCUGCAGGAGUUGUCAAUGUUGUUCCUGGGUUUGGUCCCACCGCCGGAGCCGCUCUUGCUGAACAUCCUGAUGUCGCAAAAGUUGCCUUCACUGGAUCUGUUGCGGUUGGAAAGUCAAUUAUGAAAGCUUCAGGUAGCAGCAAUUUAAAGCGAGUGACUUUAGAACUCGGUGGGAAAAGUCCUUUGAUUAUUUUUGAUGACGUAGAUGUUGACGAAGCAGUAAAAUUAGCUCACGACGCGAUUUUCAACUUUUCCGGUCAAAUUUGCAUCGCUGCGGCUAGAACUUAUGUUCAUUCCAAAAUUUACGACGAAUUUGUCGAAAAAUCAAAAAAAUUGGCGGUAAAGCGCAUUCUUGGCGACCCAUUUGACCCCAAAACUGAACAAGGGCCUCAAGUUGAGAAGGAUAUGUUUGAAAAAGUUAUGGGAUAUAUCAAAACUGGGGACGUUGAAGGCGCGACUUUGGUUGCUGGAGGAAAACGUCAUGGAAAUUGCGGAUAUUUUAUUCAACCAACAAUUUUCGCGGAUGUGACUGAUGAAAUGACGAUCGCAAAAGAAGAAAUCUUCGGGCCCGUCCAAGCGAUUCUCAAGUUCGACAAAAUAGAGGACGUGAUAGAGCGCGCGAAUAAAACAACUUACGGACUGGGAGCCGGUGUUUUAACCAAAGACAUCAACAAAGCGCUUAAAUUUGCCCAGGAAAUAGAAUCGGGAACCGUCUGGGUUAAUCAAUAUGCCUCUUUGAUGCCGCAAACUCCUUUCGGAGGAUUUAAACAGUCGGGAAUUGGUCGGGAACUUGGCGCAGAGUCCUUGGAUUACUAUUUGGAAACUAAGACUAUUUCAAUUAAACUCGCAUCUGUUUAAUAAAUAUUCUUGGAAAUU